AUGCUUCUGCAAAUGCUCUUUAUGACUUUGCUUUUCCUUGUGUCACCUGCUCAACUUUUCCUUCCAUCUCUCUUGCGCACCAUUGGUAUUACCUCGAAAAAUCCUCAUUCCAUGGUUCCCAAGUCUUUGAGUGGUGGUGUAACUACUGCUUCUGAUGUUGACAGUGCUGGUGACUCUUUUGAGGCCCAUGCUUAUAAGGAUUUGCCUGCCAUUGCAGGUGAAGAUGGUGAUGAAUCUUAUAUUGAAUGGUCUGUGUCUCCACCUCCUCGGGCUCCUUUACCCCUUGAGUCUCUUUCUUCACCCAAGGAAUUUGUACCUGUUUUGGAUGAUAGACUUUAUUCUAACCGCCUUCACAUGGGCACCCCUGAACAACACCAUCCUUCAUCGCCAAGAUCUUAUAGCCCAAUCGACAUAUCUGAUGACGACUUUCCUGUGCUUCCCUCCUCUGAAACUCAUGCAAUCAAGUCUCCUAAGCCUUUUGUGCAAUCUAAGCACAUUUUGGGAAAAGCCCGUCUAUUGGCAGUGCCCAAUUCCUCGCCUCCUACUGCUCGCUCUGUGGGAAUAGAUGCGGCUCCUCCUCAGGACUUGGCUUCCAUUGUGAUCAACGGUUGCACUUACUACGCUUCAGAUGAUCCACUGUUCAAAAAGAUUGUUUUGCCUCCCACACUAGGGCACGAGGAUUCUGCUGAUGAGUCCAUUAGUGGCUCUCUUGAUUUGUGCUACCCACCAGAGGAUGUCCCCGACCCUGUGACUGCACCACCUCGACCCCUCCAUGACACAUCUGAAGAUUAUGACGACAUGGACAUUGAUUUACCUGAAGAUUCCGCAGCGUACCUGCCCUGCGCACGCCCUCUCCUGAUUUGCCUGCUAAUCCUAUGGAUGGUUGGUCGCCCAUGA